AGAGAUGAAGAGAGGCUUCUCCAUCGUUACGCAGCCUCCAACUCCGCGCAGCGCACGAGCGACCGUCGGGUCCACUCACUUGCUCGCUCGCGCACUGCCGCAGCUCCCACGGGCUGCUCCGUGGAGAAGCGGACCCUGCAUCCUAAAGCCAAACCAGUUAUUUAUUUAUUUAUUUAUUCAUUUAAAGUCCUCCUCCUCUCUUCCUCUCCCUCGCUCCUUCGCUCGAUUUUCAUCCUCUACCUCAUUGCAGUCUUAUCACGUACCCCCCGCACCGCCCUCCACCGCCCCCCCCCCCCACCCUCCCUCAUCCUCCUCAUCCGCCUCGGCCGCUACAGGAGAGGAGAGAGGGAGAAGAGUGCGGCUGGACGUGAACGACAUGUCGACAGUCAGCCACUAAAGUGUUCCUUCGGUCGCUUCCUCGUUGCUUUUUUUCCCCUCUUUUUUUUCCUGAGUGAGUAUUACCUGCAUCCGAACUGAGCCGAGCGACGCUGCGUGGAUCUAGUGUGUGUGUGGGGGGGAAAAAGAGAGGCAGACAAUGAAGAAUUCAACUGGAUUGCGUUACUCUGCCAAGGAUUUCCAUACCUAGCCUGUGAGAUAAAGGCCCGAUGCCGCGCCGUAGCCCCAGGCUGCUGAGCUGAAAGGGGAGAAGCAGCAGGAUGCAGUGGGUCACUCUGGUGGUGGCCCUGGGGUGUGCGCGCCUGUCCCAGGCGUCGCACGGUCCCACCCCCACACCCACCUCCACACACACCCCUCUGGUGGACAACUCGGAGGAGGAAGUGGACGAGCCGUGCUUCGAACCAUGCACGUGCGAGGUCAAAGAGGGUGUGCUGCACGUGCACUGUGACGGGCGGGGCUUCACCAACGCCAGCCAGGUGUCACAGUCCUGGAUCCGCCCUUUCAAACUCAACCUCCAGAGGAACUCUUUCAGGCGUCUCUAUAGCAACGGGUUUCAGCACCUUGGCAACGCGGUGUCCAUGAACCUCGGCAACAAUGCACUCCAGGACAUCCGAGUGGGGGCCUUUAACGGGUUGGCCAAACUCAAGCGCCUGUACCUCCACGAGAACAAGCUGGAGGUCUUCAGAAACGACACGUUCGCUGGUUUAGAGGCCCUGGAAUACCUCCAGGCCGACUACAACGUGAUCAAACGGAUCGACAGCGGCGCUCUGAGAUUUCUCUACAAGCUUCGGGUUCUCAUACUGAAUGACAAUCUGAUCCCCGUCCUGCCCGCUCAUCUGUUCAGAUCUGUGUCUCUGACUCACUUGGACCUACGGGGAAACCGUCUGAAGAGCCUAGCAAAAGACGGGACGCUGCAGUACAUCGGCCGCUCCCUGAUGGAGCUGCAGCUGGAGGAGAAUCCCUGGAACUGUAGCUGCGAGGCGGUGGAGCUGCUGCAGUGGCUGGGUCAGAUCCCCUACACGGCUGUGGUCGGGGACGUUACCUGCGAAUACCCGUUUCAUCUUCACGGAAAGGACUUGAGGGAAAUCCCCCGCAAAGAGCUGUGUGCUGACCUGCCGGAUAAAGAGCACCAGGGAGAGAGAGGCGCUCCAUCAGCUGGAUCCCAGCCCCAGCCUCUGCCCCCAAACUCUAAACACAACUCCCAUCCCGGGAGAGCCAGGCCGACAAGGCCGUCGUCUAUGGUGCACGGCUCCCGACAGAACACUCUCACGUCCUCCACUUCGUCCCCCUACACUUCAGCGGAGCGUAAAGAAAGGGAGAAGCAGCCGAAGCCAACUAAAAGGCCUCGAUCCCCCAACCGAACGCCGCCCACCGCUCGCAGCUUGAUGCCCAACCAGAACCCCCCCGUGGCGGGCUACCAAACACGGCCGCCCAUACCUAUCAUCUGCCCCAUCCGUUGCACCUGCAAUCUGCACAUCGCCGACCUGGGCCAAACCCUCAACUGCAAAGAGAACAGUUUCCGCAACAUGUCCCAGCUCAUUCCUCGGCCUCUCAAUGGCCGAAAGCUCUUCCUGGGAGGGAACUUCAUCCAAAAGCUCGUCCGCUCCGACUUCUGGAACUUCUCCAGCCUCGACCUGAUUCACUUUGGGAACAACCGCAUCAGUUUCAUCCAGGAGGGAGCCUUCUCCAGCCUCGUGAACCUGAGGACCCUCCACCUGAAUGAGAACGAGCUGGACAGGUUGAGCCCCCACAUGUUCCUGGGACUCCAGAACCUGAGGUUCCUUUACUUGGAGAACAACAAGAUCAGUGUGGUAGAUCCCGGCACCUUUGACUCCAUGCCGUCCCUUGAGUUGCUGUUUCUCAACUAUAACGCUUUGCGGAGCCUCCCUGUCGGUGUAUUCUCUGGAGUCAAGCUGUCUCGUCUGAACCUGAGAAACAAUGUCUUCCAGCAUCUGCCUGUGGAGGGUGUGCUGGAUCACCUCAGAGGACUGGUACAGGUGGACCUGCAGCAGAACCCAUGGGAGUGCAACUGUGAGGCAGCUCCGCUGAAGCGUUGGCUCGAGGGGCUCAGCACUAUGAUUCUUAUGGGAGAGGCGGUCUGCAAGUCGCCCGAAAAGACUAAAGGCGUGGCCCUGCGCUCCCUCUCCAUGGAGCUGCUCUGUCCUGAGCUGGAGCCCCAAGAGGGCCGUGAGCUGGAGGAGCAGAUGGCAAACUUCACAGAUGCAGGAGGAAAUGUAUCCAUGUACCCUACGCCUGGGCUGGGACCCCUGGCCCCUCCGUGGAUAGAUUCGAUCCCUCUGUCGGUGUUGGUGCUCAGCCUGCUGGUGUUGUUUGUCUCCGCUUUCUUCGCGGCCGCGGCACUAAUCGCCUACGCCCUGAGGGUUAGGGAAAAGCUGCCGUUCCGUCGCCAGGGAGAGGUAGACUUGGCUGGGAUACAGAUGGAGUGUGGAAUCUUCACAGAGCAGACGCACCACCACCACCACCACCACCUUCACCACGACCUGCCUGAAAAGCCCCGCUUACCUCUGACCGAACACAACCACGUCUACGACACCAUCUUGCCCAGAGAGGCGGCAGCGAAAGAAGCCGACCCCGCCGCCGCCUCACACAUGUGUAGCAACCCGAUGUUCAAAGACCAACAGGACGCAGAUGUGAACCAGCAACUGCAGCAGCAGCAGCAGCAGCAGGCGUUUGCGGCUUCGAAGGAGUGCAAGGGAGGAUACUGCCCUACGCCGGAGAAGGAGAAGGAGUGGACCCUGGAGGUGUCUUCAUCCCCCAUCAACACCAUCACAGGGGCAAUGGGAGCGCUUGCUGGUCUCCAUGGGAAUGGCAUCCUGUGUCCCACGGUCAUCGACAGCCAGGGUCCCACUCCUAAGGUGGAGCUUGUGGACUGUCUCUUCCAACUCCCCACCCCCGAGUUCAGAGAUCUGCCCGACAGGUACGGGAGGCCCCCGCCCUGCUACCCCCGCACCCAGGACUGCAAGCAGGAAGUGAGACCUGAACAAACACUCGUGGUCACCACUGCCAGCUCCUCAGCCGGAGGCGGCCAGAGUGAGCAGGGAGAUGGAGAGCAGAGACCCAGACUGAGGACCAAACCAGACUACAUGGAAGUUCUGGAUCGGUCCUAUCAGUUUUAACACUCCUCCUUCCUUUAAUUCCUCUCCUCCCUCCUUCUUGCUACCAUUUUUUUUCUUUCGUCUGCUCGUCAUCUCCCUUUCUGCUGAUGAAUCACCCAGUAACACUGACUCCUCCUGUACAGAGGUUGGUUUUCAAAGGAGCCUGUGGGGGAGUGGGACUACACUACACACCGUGUUUUAUUCCAGGACCUGAGGUCAGGUUUUGUAUUUUUCCCCACUACUGGCACAUAGGUUGGUAUUUGGCAAGGAUUAGCUGAACCAGGAUCUCUGCCUCUGGGCAAAACUUCAGCUGCAGAUACCGCUGCUUUUCAUUUUUCCUCCACAGUCCUACAAUGCGAUAAAAAGGCUCUGUUUUUCCACCAAACGCCACAAUUAGCAGGCUACAGCACGGCUGUGGGCGUUAAUGCUCAUAAUAUCACUCUCAAAGGACCUGCGUAGAGGUGAAAAAAAACAACAAAAAAAACACAGCUCUUAACAACAUCAAAAACAAAAGUCAUGAACCUCGACAGCCCGAAGGCCUGGAGCGAGCUGGGCAUGCACGUUGAGACAGAGGAGCGGCCGAGACAACCCAAGAAGAAGAAAAAUAACCGAAUAUAGCCAAGUGCCUUAGCAAUGAACAGCCAGCAGUAUGGUCAAUGCUUAUUUUUCUAUAAAUACAGAUCUAUUUAUCUAAACAAAGAGGUUUGACUACCAACGGACGGGACGCUGAUGGACAACUGAGACUAAUCGAGAACCUGAAGAAUAAUUGCAUUCCCUGGAUGAGCCAAAAAUAAUAACCUACCCAGUCAAUAUCGGAGUUGUUUGUAUGCAGUUCUGUUGGUUUUUCUCCAUCUCAUCCGGUCAAACUUAGUUUGCUUAUCUGGAUUUCUUUACAGGGCUAUGACGGGGACUAAUUCGGGAUUGUCUGGAUUGUCGCAGAGUGAGAUUCUGGAAAGAUUUUGGAAGUUCUUAUUAUUGUUACUAUCAUUUUAAUGGAAAACAAAACCAAGGAAGGCAGGACCACAGAAGAACACCGAGCCAAUGGAUGCAUUUUGGAUUUCUUUAUCUCUCAGACUUAGCCGGGCCACAAGGACCUCUGCUUCAUGUUUUAUUCCACCCGACAAAGGCACAGAGGUUAUUGUAUUCUUUUUCUUUAAAGUAUUUCUCAGAGGAAAUAUUGAAUGACAACAAAGACAAAGGACAAAAUAAAAGCUGGUGUAGAGGCAUUUUUUUUUUCUUUUCUGUUGUUAAAAAAAAAAGACACUUCUAUCAACUACUGGUUAAUAUCUUUUAUGGAGAUACUUUUUAUGCUUUCAUCUCCAAACAAUAGUAGAGGCAGUUGUGAAUAUAUUUAUUCUUAGUUUUUGCGUGUUGAAGCUCUCCUGUAAGGGAUCAUGUUAUAUUAUUGUAUAGGAUGAUUCUGCAUCUGGUUCAGCCUUCUUACCGCCGACCCACAAAGUACAAUAAAGGGUGCUACAUUAAAACAAAAAAAAAAAGACGUUCCCUGGCAACUAUUGUGCGACAGAUUCACACACAUUUACACACAGCCUGACCCAAAUAAGAUGCACUCUCAUGUUCUCCAUUUUCAAUCCCUUAAAGGGAUAGUUCACAAUUUUGUAGGUAAAUUUCUUGGGGUCUUCAUUUUGUUGCAAAUCAAGGAUUAGGGUGGAGUUGGUAGGUUUAUCUGUGUUUUGAUGCUAACUGCUAAUUUCAUUGCAAGUCAAUAAUAUAUUUCUCUAAAUGCUGGUUUAGGGAAAUACAAUCAAUAGAAAAGGCUAAAAUAGUUUAUACCUUCGACUUCCACUAUGUUUCAUGUAUGUUGGCAGCCAUAUUGGAAACUGAACUCCAGACUGCUUGGUGAACUUGUAAACCAUUUCAGGUCAAGGUAACCACAUAAUGGAAAAGCAAGUUGCUGUAAAACUCAAAUUUAAAGUUUAAACAUCCGAUACAAAACAAAUAUUAUUAGAUUUCUCAUUGGAAAUGUUUUUAAUGUACCUUCUUCAAUGUCUGUUUUCACUCAGGAAGAUUUAUGUCGGUGUACAGCCUUCAAACUCCAUUUCCUGCAUAAUUAUAUAAAAAAAAUCAUCAUCUCUUUUGUAAAUAACCACCUGACGCACAUUUGAUGAUGGUUGAAAUACUCAAAAUAGUAUUUACUUUGACAAUUUUUAGAUGGAAGGUGUUUGAAGGCAGAAGAAAUACAUUAUGUUAGCAAAAUUUAACUAUUAGCUAAUUUGCACCUCAAAGCAACAAAUGUCAAAUAUUUCCAAGUGUUGGAUAAAUAUUAAGACAGCUGCAGCUCAGUUUAUGUCCCUCAGUUUACUUUAAACCCUGUUAAACAGCUGAGAGAAAUAAAAAAAUAAAAUAAAUAAAUGUUUGAGUCAAAGAUUUAAAUAUGCCCACAAAGUGUUCAAACAAACAAUCUUUCAGAAAUGUUCUGCAAUUUCAGUUAUUAGAUUUAAAAACACAGAUAACUGCAUUUUAAUUCAUCUUUUAUUCAUUCAAAGUGGUGGGAUGGUCUCUGUAAAACUUAUUUUCACAAUUUAAAAAAGUAAUGAACCAAAAAUAUUAUAUUCUAUAUAAAAAUUAUAUAUUUCUCCUCUUCUUCCUCUUCUGGCACAUGCACCAUCUUCAAUGUCGGUUUUCACUCUUCCUGAAUGAAAACAGCCUCAAAAUUUCAACAAUACUCUGUAGUUAGGCCAAUACCAGGAACAAGAAGAAAAAAAAACAGAUAAUGCAUAAUAUCAUGAACAUAUUUACAUUAUCAGUAGAAAUCCUUCAAACUGCAUAGCCAAACACAAAACAGUUUUUGAAAUAAACUCAACCACAGAUCAAGCAAUUAAACAACAAGCAGCUGGUGACUCUGCUUUGGUCUGGGCCCCUUUAGGACCAGCCGCAAGCUUUAGCCUCCAGGACCAACUUUCUUGGGUUGAUACCAAAUGAAGAGGACAUGAAAGUGGUCUACUGCUUUACACGUUUUAAAAAAAUAUUCACUUGAAAAAUCCAGAAUGUUCCUUUUCUUAAUAGUGCAUGAUGAACAAAGCGGCCGGAGGUGCGCUGAGCUUGUCCACGCGGAGUGCUGGAGAGAUCAGAUGAAAGCCAGGCGAAGCUGAUGGCCUGCAGCGUUCCUCACACAUUGAAAGCUGGGGAAAGGAGCUAAUAGAGGCAAUCUUCCACAUUAACUGUAUGAAAUCAAUACAAUCUAUUUGUGAAAUGAGGACAUGUAAGGCCACUGGCCCCGGGGCCAGGGUUGCACAUUGCACCAUCCCCUUCCCCAGCCUGAGUGCCUCGCGCAACGGUCUCUCCUCUUCUUUCAUCUCUCCGUCUGAUUCGCUCCCCUCCCUCUCUCUCCCCAUUUUCUCGCCUCUUUAUUCCGCCGCUCUCCUGCUCACCUUUUGCUUUUGUUCUUUCCCCUCUCCUCUAUUUCCCCUUCUCUCUCUCUCUCUCUCAACGCUCCGGCUGUCAUCUUAGCCUCACAGGGCGGACACAGAGAGAUGCUGCUCUAUAUGCUGCCCAGCACACAGGUAGCAGCAUCCACUGAAAAUAUGUGUGUGUAUGUGUGUGUGUGAGAGAGAGAGAGAGUCUGUGUGUAUUUCUUUGGGCUCUUCAGACACCUCCUCCUCACUCUCAGUGUUCAGAACUCUGUUGAACAGAUAAUCCCCAAGUAGGUGUGUAUGUAACGCACACUGGGGACUGUGUGCGUGUGUGUGUGUGUGUGUGCAUUAAAAGGGCGGGUUGGUGUUUCUUUGUAGGUGUGUGUUUAAGGAGAGUGUGUGAAGUUUGUGAGCACAGCCUCAGUCCAGCCGUAAUCCUCUAAACUGUGCGGUUCACUCAUACCACAUCAGCCCCAUUGUAUCCUCAGACAAAAGAAGCGCAGUUAAAACUAAAUGCCAGUUAAAGCAACAAACGACUAAUUAAAGCGUCGUUUUCCAUCCUUUUCACACUAUUUCUCCCCUCACCUUUAAAGCUUCCCUUCUCACUUCCUCGCCCGUGGCAUCUAAUUUUUUACAGUGCUUUCUCUCUCUGGACCCACUCCAGCGAGGUUUUCUUUUGCAAUCCUACAUUUUAUAUUAUUAUUAUUUCGUAUUGUAUAAUGCUUGCGUGUUUUGCCAGGCUAACAGCUUUGCCAUGGUUCAUGUGUUUGUGUCCUGUCAGACCUGUCCCAUCGCUGUGUGAAGAAGAAAAAGAAAAAAAGAAAUCAUUCAUUUCCCAGAGUCAAGGAUGAAAGAGUCUUUAGGCUUCAAACGCCGGUGGGCCUCUGCGGCUCAGAUUGCCUCUCGCUCUUUCUCCACCGCCGUGUCGUUUAUUCCUCGGGAAAGAAAGAAGGAAAAUAAGAGAGGCUUCGGCGUCAGUUAAGUAGAGACGGCAGGAGGAACGUGUCGAGGAUCGGGACAAUUAGCCUGAUUAGAACAAUGGCGUUUCGCAUGAUGGAUCUAGCCGGGCGGAUCCCUCCUGAGCGUUUAUGUGAAGGCACAAAAACCCAUAUUCUUGUCUCGCAGGCAUAAACAUGCCGGCAUAGUUAAAGAAUAAAAAAUAAAAUAAAAUACACAGUCGGACAUGGUUUGAUGUGAGUGAAAGGAGAUCUGUUUAAAAGUCAUGGUGCAUAGCUUGCAGAGGCUUUGGUGUUCGGCCAUGACAAAUAGUUGCGGCUGAGCCCGGUCAUCCUUCACAAAUACACACAGGGCGACGCGUUAACGCCGUAAACGCACGGACGUACGCACGCUUCCCUCACGUGCAAACACAAAAGUUCGAGAGCAAACAAAGUCCGGCUAAAUAUGUACACAAACUGAACACACAACAGGCACGCAGAGCAACGCUGCUGUGUAAUGUUGCUCUGCAUUGCAGUGAUCUGCCCUGCUCCUCUUUUCUUCCCCCUGCUUUCACACACACACACAAUCACUGGCUCUCAAUGGACUACAUCAGCAUGGGAUACUUAGCAGAAGAGCAAAGAGUCUUGAAGUGCAUUAAAAGAGAGACACCAGUGGAGCAAGAUGAGAAG